UUAUCGAGCAUGAACUGAAGAGUGGAACAGCGCGCCCCCGAGCGUACGCAAAGUCCGAACUACAGUUGUCGUCUUGAACAUGUUAUGGAAAUUAAUAAGGCAAUGCGAUACAUUUUUGUCACGGACGACGAUGAAAAAAUCGCGAAAACAAGUUUAUUUCUGCACGUGCAUUGACGAGAUUAACUUUUGGCUCGUUUUGAAGGAAGCGAGUUUAUGGGUUCCGGUGACGAACUGCUUUUCACUGUCAGGAAACUCGCUGCGCUAAAGAUUCAUUCUAGCAUCUGCUGUUCUUCAUCUUCACGAGAUUAAUUUCGCUUUACGGUCUAUUCUGUCUCUUAAUAUCACCCAUAUAACUUCAGCGGCCUUUGGAAAGCAUAUUUUCGUACUUUCGCCGAGUUUCAACUUUCAUAUCACAGACAUAAACGGAAAGCGGAAUUUGUUCUCGAAGUUUAAGUAGCGCUGGCUAUAAUGCGCACCAUUUCUUUUGUCCACAACAUCUGCAGUGGGAUUUAUGUGCAAUUCUCCUAAUAUAUAUAUUUUUUCGACUUUGCCUCGAUAAAGUGGAUACAAGAAUGCUUUUUUCAUAGUCACAUGCCUUCAUUCAAAACUAUUUGUCGCAUAAUAAUGCGGAGAUGUUGCAUGCAUCGAGCUGAGGGCUUGUUUUCUUUUUCAUGUGGUUGUACAAACGUAUUACCCACAUGUGUUGGAUUAAUACACAUGUACGGACAAUUGUUGAGCCACUUUUUACUCAGAAAGUGAAAACUACACGGCCAUCCAGUGAACUGGCCAGACACACCGACGGAGGAAAAAGAUGCAUACUUAGCAGGAAAAGAAGCCAUCAAAAUUACGGAAAUCGCUUCGUCCUUUUCCUCUCGUCUGCUCUUACAAAUGGAUUUCAUCAACGCAAUUCGCUUACAUAUGCACCAUUAGUGUUGACAUUUUGGAGUUUUCUUUGUAUAUUUCUUUGAUACUUGUGCGUACGAUAGUUAUGUUGUCUACGCAAAUCUAAUGAUCGAGCCAAGGACGUUUACCCUUUUUGAACUAUUAGACAAUGUUUUCUUUGUCGCUUCAUGAAGUACCGCAUUAUAUACUGUUACUUUAACUGUCAGAACAUACAAGUGAUUUGGUGUUUAAGAGGUAUCUUCACUGGUUUAAGGAAUAAACCCUCUCUUUAUACCCCUCUGGAGAAUAAAGUCACGGAUGAUAUGGGAGACCCUAGGGUGUCCGCGCACUUGGAGGCGCUUCAGCGAUGACAGCAGCCUGUCAACAUCGCCCCGCAGGUGGAAGGACCGGAUACUUGUUGAUCGUCACAUUGUAUUAACUGUGAUUAUAACAUUAAAAAUAAACGCAUAGAGAUUUCGAGGGAAGACUCACCUGCGUGGAGGCAGAAGACUUGUCACCUGUACUUCACCCACAGCUCAGGUUUUGUGCCAGGUUUCACAGUGCCAGCGGUGAUCAGGUUACGGGCUCUCUUCUGUGUCUCGCAUGCAUGCACAGCAGACCUUCUCGACAUCCUGAUGCACAUGCCAUUGAUGGGUGACACAACAGGACAGUGUGUGUGAGGACAUCGGAACAAGAGCAGACACCUUCACACAGCCAAAAUGAAUGAGAGACAGGCUCUCCAUUCAAUUAUGAAGGAUCUGGUGGCCCUGCAGAUGACCAGGCGCCAGCCUUCGGCGACCUACGACACGGCAAAACCCAAACCUGUCAGCACUGCCGGCUCUUCCAACAGAAUGGAUGAUGUCAGAAUUAAGUUUGAAUUCUGUGGUGAAAGAAGGAUUCUGAUGUUCGGGCGGCCUGUGCAGUUUGAGGAAAUCCAGCAGAAAGUCAAAACAUUCUUCGGUCAGCAGUUAGACCUGCAUUAUAUGAAUAAUGAGCUGUCGAUCCCCCUGCGCAGUCAGGAUGACUUGGAUAAAGCCAUUGAUCUGUUGGACCGCAGCUCAAACAUGAAGAGCAUUAAGAUCAUGCUGUUGACGCAGGAACAAAGCAACGCCUCUUCUCCAUCUCAUCACACAGCGUGUAAGCAGGUUCGCAUUAAAACCUCGCAGUCCACCGGCGAUGUCAGUACAGAGUACCAGUCCUCAGAACCCAGAGGACGCCACCACUCCACCAGCUCUCAGAACACUGGCCGAAGUUCUCCGCCCCCUGGUUACGUUCCUGAGCGCCAACAGCGAAUUGCACGGCAGGGAUCAUACACCAGUAUCAAUAGCGAGGGGGAGUUCAUACCGGAAACCAGCGACCAGUGUGUGCUGGAUCCCUGGAGCAGUGCAGAAAACUCUGUGUCUGGCAGCUGUCAAUCUCUGGACAGCAACUCUGACAGCCCCUCACUCAGGAAACCUCGUACGCACAGGGUUAAGAGUUACCCUGACAACCGGCAGGACUGUGCAGACCGGGAAAACCAUGUUUAUGAUAAGAUUGUGGGGAAGGGAGGGACAUACCCCCGGAGGUAUCACGUGUCCCUUCAUCAUAAAGACCACAGUGAAGGUCGGCGGACGUUUCCUCGGAUCCGCCGUCCUCAGGGUAACUUGUUCACGUUGGUGCCGUCAAGGCGAUCGCUGAACGGCAGUGAGGAGAGUGUGGGAAGCUGGCAGUUGGUUGAUGCUCAAGCCAGACUCCGCCCACAGGACCGCCCAGUCCCUCAUAAGUCACCUACAGCUCCAGUGACGUGGCGCAGAGGGAAACUGCUAGGUCAGGGGGCUUUUGGGAGGGUGUAUCUAUGCUAUGAUGUGGACACAGGGAGAGAACUGGCAGCAAAACAGGUUCAUUUUGACCCUGCCAGUCCAGAGACAAGCAAGGAGGUGAGCGCGUUGGAGUGUGAGAUACAGCUGUUGAAGAACCUGCACCAUGAGCGAAUCGUCCAGUACUACGGUUGCCUUAGAGACCACAAUGAGAAAACUCUGACUAUUUUUAUGGAGUAUAUGCCGGGGGGCUCAGUCAAAGACCAGCUGAAGGCCUAUGGGGCUUUGACAGAAAAUGUGACGCGUAAAUACACCAGACAGAUCCUGGAGGGCAUGUCCUACCUGCACAGCAACAUGAUAGUCCACAGGGACAUUAAAGGUGCCAACAUCCUGCGGGAUUCAGCGGGCAACGUGAAGCUGGGAGAUUUUGGCGCCAGUAAGCGCCUUCAAACUAUUUGCAUGUCCAGCACUGGGGUCCGUUCUGUUACCGGGACGCCAUACUGGAUGAGCCCGGAGGUCAUUAGUGGAGAGGGGUACGGUCGGAAGGCUGACGUCUGGAGUCUCGGCUGCACGGUGGUGGAGAUGUUGACGGAAAAGCCGCCGUGGGCUGAAUACGAGGCCAUGGCAGCCAUAUUUAAAAUCGCCACUCAGCCCACCAACCCCCAGCUUCCCUCUCACAUCUCCGAACACACACGCGACUUCCUCCGCUGCAUCUUCGUGGAGGCCAAGUACCGACCAAGCGCAGAAGAGCUGCUCAGACAUCCCUUCUCCCAGAUAUUAUGUUGAGGAGUACAUCAAGCUGCUUCCACGAGUUAAAGACUCUCAGAGGAAUGAGGUUCCCUCUUAAGGACUCAAGCCAUGAUAAGCUGAGUAUCCAAGGCAAUCUACUUUUCCAAAGCAUGUGGUGUGCUUGCACCCAAUCAGCUGCUGCCAGGAUGAGGUCACAAAAGCUUUUCCUGUUAUGAUGUCUGCAACGGCAGGGGGCGCUACAGGAUGCCUUUGUGUUGCAACAUGAAUUUCAAGGAAUAAACAGAUUGAUGGUAUCACUUAACAGUAGACGCAACAAAUAUGAUACUGUUUGGAAAUGGACUUUGGAGCUGCUUUAAACUGCACUCUUUAUUGCAAUAACUGCCAAAUUUGCCUUUUAAAGUUUUAUCUCAAUGACCCUGGAAUGAGUGUUUAAAGCAGACAGCUUUGGUCCAAGAAAGCGGUUAGUUUCUAAUAAAACACACCUGCUUGUAAUUUCUUUUGAAGUGAUACUGAAGGCCUUGUUGGAUGAGUGUUGGGAUUAACCUGUGCGGGGCGGUGACUCUUCAGAGUCGAAUAGCCCUGUUUGGCACAGUCCGUACCAAAAGUAUGAUGUUUUUACAUCCUAUUGCCCCUUUAUACAGAAGUUGCAGCCAUCAUCCCUGUGGUCCUGUUGUUUUAAGUCUCUAUGAUUCCAGCCAUUGUUACAGGAAACCUAAUAAUUGUGUCUUGGUUUGUUCCUGCCUUAGAUUAGUGAGCAUGGAAGGUCAUAUGCAAGUCAGUGCAUCUUUGGCACUGGAAUUUAUAAAUGUUUGGACUUUGGAUUGCUUGAGGGUAAAUUGCUUAUCACAGAAUUGCACUUCUUUGGUUAGUCCCUCGGUUUUAGUCUGUUACAGAAUGCAGCUAACUGAACUGUUCUGACCUCAUGUCAGACGCAGAUGUCAGAUGUGUUAUAUUGUUAAAGUGAAGAAGUUUUUCAACUUUUGGUGUAAUACAAGGAAGUUUAUACCGUUAAUGUGCCUUUCCUGUAGAGGGCAGCAGUAAAGUACUUACGAUGCAGCUAUUUUCACUAAUAAUAUUCUCUUGAAGAGAUUCCAAUGGGGAAGAAAUGUUAAAUCGGGAAUCUUGUAAGGUAUUUUGUAGUUGAACUGAUUAUUUUGGGUGUGGUGAGGUGUUGAGAGCAUAUUUGGAUGUAUAUUAGUUUUCUCUCCAACCCAGCCAAAGGAAACGUCUAUAUUAAGUGUUGUGCCUUAAGCGUUUUUAUGGCAGUAUAUUAGACUCAUUUGGAUCAAAUGCACUUUUGUUAAAUGAAUGUUGAAUAUGCCAAACCUUUUCAUUUGUUACACAGAAUGUGAAGCUUUUUCACUUAUUUAUAUCCCUAUGUUCGGUCAUUUUUAUAUAUGAAUAUAUAUAUGUGUAUAAAUCUAUUUUUAUAUUGUGACUCCAGACCAUUUGAAAUCGAACUGUGCUUUAGGAACAGAAGAUGAGUCACACAGCAUUGUUAGAAACAAAAAUAAUUGUAAAAGCAGCUGGUUUUGCGUAGACUACAACAUGAUUUUUACAUGUGCUUAUUUCUGGAUGGAAAAGGAGCUCGGGCGACUUAUUUUAGUGCCUGAUCUGUGCAAGUCAAGAUUCCUGUGUGUGUGCAUGUCUAUUUCUGGUUCUGUAUCUGCUUUACACCAAAGAAAAUAGCGAAAUCUGAAGCAAGCAGGACUUGAUGCAAGUUUUAGUGCAUCAUUCUAAAAUACAUACACACGGAUGCUCACAAUGGCUGCCACUUAGGAAAGACUUGCACAGACUUUUUGUCUGUUAUUCAAAGUUUUAGUAUGUGAAAGAACUUAAGAAGAGGUGUAAAAGAAAAGGUGUCGAAUGAGAAUAAUGAUGGUAUUAUGCAUGUAUUUCAGAAUUGUCCAGAAUGUGGUAGUGUACUUAUAUGGAAUGUGAAUGAAAGGUAUUGCUCAAGUGAAAGAGUGGGUUGAUGCCAGGGAGUGAAUUUCCACUCAGUAUGACGACUUUGUUUAGCUCAGGGUUUGAAAGGUGUGCAUCGUAUGAACACUCCAACAUUAACCGCUGGACAAUUCUUUUUGCUCUUUUGAAAGUAUUUUUGUCUCUGAAACAAACAGGAAUGAUCAAAACGUUAAAUGGCGGCUAGUUUUAAGGCAGCUAGAAAUCAGUAUUGUACCAAACAUCCAGUCUCAGAGAAAUGUCACAGUCGGUAUAGUUCAGAACCCUGGGAUAAGCAAAAGAACCAAUAGAUUAGAUAUACAGUAUAUGAUUAUGGUUAUGUAUCUUGACGUGAGACUUGCAGUGCAAAGUCCAGUGUAUCGAUUAUUUUCAAAUAAAAUAAU